AGCACUCAGCAAGCUUCGCCCCCGGAGGCGCGGGCAAGAAGACGUGGGCAAAGCGACGGAAAAACCGCCGAUGCUGCUGCGGCUGUAAGCAGAACUCCAGCUAACGCCGGCGUUGCCACUUCUGAUGCUGACGGCGCCGCUGAAGGCGACACCGCAGACCGUGGAGGUGCUUGCACUGCCUUCCCUGAUGUCCCAGCUGUGAGUGACAACGGUGCUACUAUCAAUACCGGUAACGGCCACGGCCACGCCAUUGCAGCCAGUCCUCCAGCAAAGCGCAUUGGAGCCAUCGUCACCCGCGGAGAAAGCGCCAGCGGCGUGGCUUCUGAUGCUGCCGGUACGGGCGAGGUGGAGAGCGCGGAGGGGCGCGAUGCUGACGGGGGCUACGUGAGGUGCUUCGACGGCCACAAGAACAUCAUGACCAUCAAGGAGGUCGCAUGGAUGGGCGGCUCAGGCUUCGGUCCCUCCUACGUGGCUUCUGGAUCCGAUGAGGGCCACGUGUUCAUUUGGGAGUACGACACGGGGGCCAUUGUACGGAUGCUGCCAGCGGCGCAAGAGCACCUGAUACCCACGUGUUUAGCGGUCCAUCCCUUUGAGCCCAUGCUGGCCACAUGUGGCAACGGAACCGUUGUCAAGAUGUGGGCGCCGGGAGGCGGUGGCCCUGUUGCCGCGGCCACUGGCGCAGCAACCGCGGCAACUGCGGCGGCGGCGGCGGCACGGCAGGAACCAGAGCCGCUUGAUUCGGAGAGGAUGGCUGCGUUGGUGGCGGCGAAUCGGGCGGACCUGCAGCGGCGCCAGGCGGAGGCAGCAGCGGCGGCAGCAGGGCAGCGAGCGGCGGCAGGACGGGGACUGCGGCCUGUGGGAACUGGGUGGGCUACCUUUGCUGCGGCGAUCCGGGAGCGCUCUAAUGACCUGGCCACAGCAGCUUUGGCCGCCGCCGCUGCCAACACGCCCAUCCGCGCCGCCGCUGCUGCUGCUGUUGCCAGUGCCCAAGGAGGUGCCACUACCGCCAAUGGAUCCCGUGAAGACGACGCCAACGGCCUUCCCGACAGCGAUGCGGCGGCUGAUCCACGGGUCCGUCCGCAGCGGAAUCAGCAACAACAACAGCAGCAGCGACAGCAGGCGACGGCUGGAGAAGCCCCAGAGGGUGGCAAUGGCGAUGCUGAUGAUGGCGGCUUGCCGUCGCGGCGCGUGUUGAGAUUGAAUACGGCACUCGAGCGGCAACGACGACGAAGUGGCACUCCGGAGGAGACAUUCCCCGCUUUUGGACCGACUCCUAGGCGGCCUUUGGCGGGUGGCCUUGCGGGCCGCAGACCCACGGGUCAGCAGGGUGAUGGCGUAACGGACGGCGAGGCGGAAGACGGAAAUGGGGACGAGGAUGCAGCUGGAGGCGGUAGCGGCGGGCGGUUUGGACGUAUGGAUUUGGAUUUUGGCUCCUCGCCCAGGAAUUGUACUGUAAUGUAGUGUACCGGUACUGCUGGUAAAGUUGGGAAGGUUAAUAUAGAACCGGUAACGCUCGGAAACAACACGCGGUGACGAAUUGGGGCGCUGUGACGCGUGGUACCGGUACUGCUUGUAUAUUGUUGGGGUACGGCAUCAGACGGCAUAGCUCGUGGUUUUUACGUGCACCACAUUUAGGCUCAUUGCGGCAUGCAGGGAAGCGUGCAAAGUUGUUCUUGUUUUGCUGUAGGAGCUUGGCUGCCAUUUUAGGAACAGUAUGAUUCCUUUCUUACAAGCAACACCAAACGCCUCAGGGAAGACGUGAGGUCGGCAGGAUUUGCCGCAUGGCUUGGUACGUUGUUGGUGCGCCAUAGCUGCAUAGUUCACAUGGCGAAACAACAGCAAAAAUGAAGUCGUGUGAAGCCAACAACCGGCAGACAACCACUUCACCCCUGUUGUGUCGCCGACACCCAU